CGGUUCAGUGAAGAGGGUCGGUCCCUGGCACCUGGCGGGACGCGGGCGAUGCAGCGCGACCGCCAUUUUCUUCCUGCAUUUGUGGGUUUCGAAAGCCCACGCUCCUGAAGCCACCGCUUCGAGAAAGUGGUGCCUGAUUCGUCUCGAAUCUCAGUACAGAGGAUCGAUCGAUAACCCAUUAAUCGCAUCAUCAUCGUCAUCGAGACCCAGAAUCUUGAUUCGUCUGAAGAACCCACCAUCGACCCAUUUCUUUUUCCCUUCAAGAAUUUGCGUUCGGGAGCGAAAUCUCAACUUGGCAUUUGGAUCGGUGUGACAUGCCGUAGUCGAGCGUGGUCAUGGUUGCAGCUUGAGGACCCAUGAGUGCCGUGAAGCCCUUGCCCGGUGCUGUUCACAGUUCGAUGCGUUCUGGGAUGGUUUUGUUCGACUUGGCGAGCGUGGUUGAAGAGCUGGUCUUUAACAGCGUGGAUGCUGGUGCCAAGAAGGUAUCAGUUUUUGUGGGUAUCAGCAACUGUUUUGUGAAAGUGGUUGAUGAUGGAUCUGGUAUUACUCGGGAUGGCUUGGUGUUAUUGGGAGAAAGAUAUGCAACAUCCAAAGAUCAUCAACUGGAUGACAUGGACUCUUGUUCUGGGAGCUUUGGUUCUCGAGGAGAAGCACUGGCUUCGAUUUCUGAUAUUGCAGUAUUGGAAAUCAUAACAAAAGCUCCUGGCAAACCAAAUGGAUACCGCAAGGUUUUAAAGGGAUGCAAGUGUUUGCAUCUUGGAAUUGAUGAUGACAGAAAAGAUGCAGGCACAUCAGUUGUAGUUCGUGAUUUAUUUUACAAUCAACCUAUUCGGAGGAAGUCUAUACAAUCGAGUCCCAAGAGGGUCUUGGAGUCUAUCAAGAAGUCUGUAUUCCAUAUUGCUAUUGUUCACUCAGAGAUCUCCUUCCAAGUUGUUGAUAUUGAAAGUGACGAUCAGUUGCUUUGCACACGUUCUUGUACCACCCCUUUGUCAAUGUUGAGAAGGUUUUUUGGAAACGAGGUUGUCAGCGUUCUUCGUGAACUGAAUGCUCGUGAAGGAGCAUUGAAGCUUACAGGUUACUUGUCUGGUCCAUGUGACUCGCUUGCAAUUAAGGCCUUCCAGUAUGUAUACAUAAACUCACGGUUUGUUUGCAAGAGCCCUAUUCAUAAAUUGGUCAACCAACUUGCCAAGGAGUUUGAGUAUGUAAAUGCAAGGAGGAGCAACAAUGGUUUGCAGAAGAGCAAGAGAAGUAGGUCUUGUGCAGGUCCAGCUUACAUUUUGAAGCUGAGUUGUCCUCGCUCCCUCUAUGACUUAAGCUUCGAACCGUCAAAGACGUGUGUUCAGUUUAAGGAUUGGGAUGCCAUACUCGCUUGUGUUGAGAAGGAAAUUCAGCGUUUCUGGAAAGUAAAUUCAAGUAGAGCAAUGUGCUCUCAGAAAAAUUUUGAUACACUACGAAAAGAUGUGGAAUUUGAGGAGGACCAGAAAAGCCUCUCAGGAAAACCAGUUAUAGAUUACUCUGAAUUGGCGAGGAAAAAGUGCAGAUUCAAUGAGGAGGGCAUUCUCAACCUUCCAUCAUUCCUUUUAGAGAUGCCAGGCAAAGAGAGCCAUCAUAACUGUAAGGUGGCCAAGGGAGAAAUUCCAUUUAGAAAGAUUCGCCAUAAAGGUGUAGACUUCACUGCCCAACAAAAUGAAAUAGAAUCACUUCUACAAGAUGGUGAUCCUCUACCGCAAUCAGACAAUUGCUUUUCUGAUCACAUCUCGAGUGUGAUCUCCAAGGAUGAUGGUUAUCAGUGGUCACCAGAUAAUAGUAUUCAGCGCAGUCACAAUGAUGUCUCGUAUGCAGAAGAUGAUACUUUGGUAAAGUGUUUUAGCCUAGAAGGAAGAUCUAAAAAUAGUGUAGGGGGUGAUAUUUUUACUUCAACAUCUGAAAACGAAUCCUUUAACAAUGAUCCUCUGGGCUGCAAUGGAGCAAAAAUGAGCUUGGUAUCUUCUGUUAUCCUGGAAGAAAGUGACAAGUUUGAGGUUGGAUCUGGUAGAAAGAGACCCUACCUGCAGAGUUGCUCCCUACGUGAUAAUUUGAAAUUCAGUCCUCUGAAAUUUGCUAGUGUUGAAGAAUUUGAAUUUGAAAGUGACAUCUUCCAGAUCAAACAGAAACAGUCAAGCCUUUAUGAUGACCCCAAUUUUCGGAGACAUAGUCAUAGUAAACAACGCUUCAGUUCCUUUUCUGAGGCUCUGUGGCCAGAUGAUGUAUGCAGUGAUGCUCAACCUGUUCCCAAAUAUACAGCCAACAAGGGAAAGCCUGUUGAUACUGAUUGUCCAUAUGCUGCCUCUCAUAGGUCAGUUCCAUGGUACACAGAGGAUUUCAUCGAGGAGGAUGGUCUCUCUUCAAGUGAUUUUUUUCAAAUGCAAAAUCCUGGCUUAGGUUGUCGGUCUUCAGAUUUUGAUUCGUUUUCUGAUAUUUUGAGCCCCUUAUGUCAAACAAAGCCUUUUCGUGGGAAACACAGCAUUGACAAUGUGUUACUGGAAACAAGUUCAGAAGGCCACAAAAAGGCUAGUUACAUGUCUCCUUUUAAUGAAGGAAAGAAUGUAGGCACGUAUGAUCGCAUCUUAAAGAGCCCCAGCAGCGAGACGUGCACCACAACCCAAAUGACUGCGGAACGUGGCAUAGAUAACAAUACAAAUCUAAGUAUAGAUCCAAGCAAACAAAAAGCUACCAGUUCACCAAAGACUCUUCCAAAACCUUACAAUAUAUUAGCUGAUGAAAGAGUACAGUUUUGUCAAGAGUUGUGCCAUGACCAUUAUGAGGCAGCAAGAGAUUAUGCAACACAAAAAGGACUGAUCUGGGAUAACAACGCUCAGCAAAAUAAUGUCCAUCGAGAGAGAUCAAGAAGCCGUUCUGCUCCUCCAUUUUAUAGAAAGAGGAGGAGCUUCAUUUCCUUAUAUCAUCUUUCGCAGGCGAGCCCAGGAAACUCUGAUGCUGAGACCUACCAUGCUUGUAAGGCUUAUCCAGAAGCCGGUGAACCGAAAUAUUCCCAACUAUCUAGUAGCUUAUGUCAUUUGUCUUCUGGUAAAGGUUCUGUAGAGCUCCCAUUCUAUGGUAACAGGAUAGAUAUUCACAAGAUGCAUGACAAUGGGCUGAAAAUCAAGGAACUUCAUAAAGAUAUUAUCUUUGGGAGUGUUCAAGACUCAAGAGAUUGUGGGACUAAAUGGCGGGAUAGUUGUCUACAGAAAAAGUGUGGAUCAUCUGAGAUUCUGGGCCAGACCCAUGUACUGGAUAUCACAUCGGGAUUCUUGCAUCUUGCUGGUGAUUCAUUAGUACCAACAUCCAUCAGUAGAAAUUGCCUUGUGAACGCCAGAGUCCUUCAGCAGGUUGAUAAAAAGUUCAUCCCAGUGGUAGCUGGUGGAACCCUUGCUGUCAUCGACCAGCAUGCUGCAGAUGAAAGGAUUCGGCUAGAAGAACUGCGCCGGAAGGUGUUGUCUGGAGAAGCGAAGACAAUUCGCUAUCUGGAGUCAGAAAAGGAGUUGGUGUUGCCAGAGAUUGGAUGUCAACUUAUGCUCAACUAUGGUGAGCAGAUAAAGGAUUGGGGAUGGAUAUGUAAUAUCAAUGCUCAAGGUUCAAGGCCCUUUAGAAAGAAUAUAAACCUUCUCCAGAGGCAGCCGACUGUUGUCACUCUUCUUGCGGUACCAUGCAUUCUAGGUGUAGAUCUAAAUGAUGUGGAUCUCUUGGAAUAUCUUCAACAGCUCGCUGAUACGGACGGAGCAUCAACCAUGCCUCCAGCCGUUCUUCGUGUUCUUAACUUUAAAGCAUGCAGAGGAGCAAUUAUGUUCGGGGACACUCUGCUUCUUUCAGAGUGUUCCCUUAUCGUGGAGGAGCUUAAAGGGACAUCACUCUGUUUCCAAUGUGCUCAUGGACGACCUACCACGGUUCCCCUUGUCGACUUGGAGGCAUUGCAUAAGCAGGUAACGAGACUGUGCUUGCCAGAUGAUGGUCCAAAUGAUUUGUGGCAUGGACUGCGUCGGUGUGAAUUAAGUCUGGAACGUGCUGCAAAGCGGUUAGAUGUGGCUUCAAGAUAGUGCGUGAUGACUUGACCAGAGAAUGUUGUAACUCUGUAUAUUAGUUGAUACGUAUAGAUUUGUUGUUACAGCACAAUCAAUCAACUGUACCAAUCAACAUAAAGUUGCGGGGUAACAUUUUGCACCCGCCGAAUUCCCCUAUGCAUUGUCAAUGCAAUAAAGUUGAACUCAUGUCAA